AUGAUGAAGGACAAGAAAAUCACCUGGAAAAAGCAGAAGGAAAUCACCAAAGCGAUGAGGGUCGGCCAGGCUCUUCCAGUUGAACCGGAACGAGGAAACCAGCCCUACGACAUCAGUGAGCUGUCCACCCAAGAAUCCCCCUCCAAAUCCUUCAAUAUGACCUCUCGUUCGAUCAUCAACAAAGAAUCUCGCGAAGACAUCGAAAAACGCGGCGGCUACGAACGGCCCCAGUACAGAGGCGGCGUUUGCGUCAACAGAGAUCACCUGAAAGACCAGUUUGUAAACAAGCUCGCUUUUGGAAUGGAAGACCCUGUUCGCGAGUAUCGAAAAAUGAAGGCAAAAGAGCUCCAAGCGCCGAAAAAAGAGGCGGCGGACAGAUUUACUGAGCUAGAAAACGAAAUCAAAGAACGGGAAGAGUUUUUAAAAAGCAUGGAAAAGCUCGGUCAAGGGCAAAAAUACGAAGCCGGAAUCAAAAGCGAAAUUUCCUCGAUCAUCCGCGAAAUGGAAAAGAUCGAUUUGGAACGAAACGAAGAGCUGGAACGAAAACGCGCUCAGAUCCAGUCCAAAAAUUCUAGCAUCACAAAUUAG